AUGGCUGAGGCAGCUAAACACAAUGAGCAGCAGCUGGACGCUCAGGCGGAGGUCCUCGAUUGUGACAUUGAGGUCGAGGAGGAGCAGCCGGAAUCCACGCAGCGGCCCGUACUGCCCAAGAGUAACAAGCUCAUCAAGAAGGCUCUGAAGAAGGCGCACAAGGCGCAGAGCAUGCUAUUUGAGGCCAUGGAACAGCUGGCCGAAGCGCAGUAUAAGGCGCGAUGCAUGCAGACGGUCAUGAAGCAGCUGGCUAAGGAUGAAAGGCGUCAGUCCAAGCGGGCCAAGAAGCACGAGAAGAAGCAGCAGAAGAAGCAAGCCAAGCAGCAAGCCAAGCAGCAGCAGAAGGAGCAGCCGAACCAGAGCCAGGAUGCGAACGAAGAGAAACGCGACCGCAGCAACAGUGUCAGCUCCACAUCCUCGAGCUCUUCGAGCUCCUCGAGCUCCUCGAGCUCCUCGAGCUCCUCCAGCUCAUCGAGCAGCUCGAGCUCCAGCUCGGAGCAGGUCUUUGGCUACGGACUCCCUGGCUGGCUUGGACGACACGGCCAUCGUCAUCAUGGACGACACGAGAGUUCCAGGUCGCCAUCGCACUGGCGCAAGCAUGGCCACCAUGGCCAUAGGAACGGCCAUGGUCCGCGUCAUGGUCAUGGUCCGCACCGCGGUCCCCAUCACGGACCUCAUCACGGACCCCAUCACGGUCCCCAUCACUUUGGACCGUACCGCUCUGGACCGCACAAUUUAAUGGCCCGAGGCGGUGGCUUCGGUAGCUACCCUUGGCCAAUAAUGGAAAAGCAGUUUUUUCAGGGCAGCAGCAGCCUGCCGUGGGCCUUGGAUGCGAGCACGGCUUGGCCGAGGAGCCGAUCGAGAUCUAGCUCGCGCUCCGUUUCACCUGACAAAUCGGGUGCCCGACAGAGCAGGGCAGACAAACGGGGCAAGCGCCGUCAGGGACACGGACACGGACACGGAGAUGGCCGCAAGGGUGGUCACCAUGAGCGUCGACUUUUCCGUUCAGACUCGCCGUGCCAUGAGAAGUCCAAGAAGCACGGCAAGCACUGCAACGACAAGGGCAAGGGCAAGGGAAAGGGCAGAAGCAAGGGAAAAAGCAAGGGAAAGGGUAAAGGAAAGGGCAAGGGCAAGGGUAAGAACAAGGGCAAUGACAAGCAAUGA